GGCGAGCUGACGGCGUUCCUUCCGGAGUCGUGCCACUGCCUCCCCGCUCGCCGCCCCUCGCUCCAGCCGCCGCAGCGCUCUCCCCUUGGCCCCCAGCUCCCCCGCCGCGCCCGCCUACGAGGUUCCGCAGGAUGGGCGGCGGGAGGAAGCGGCGGCGGCGCGACGGCCCGGACGCGCCGCCGGUGAUGCACCCGCGCAACCGCUACGCCGCCGCGGCGCCGGACUUCGCGGCGCUGGCGUCGCUCUACCCCUCCUUCGCCCCCUUCGUCACCGUGUCCGGCGGGGGCCGCGCGUCCGUCGACUUCACCGACUUCGCCGCCACGCGGGAGCUCACGCGCGUCCUCCUCCUCCACGACCACGGCGUCAACUGGUGGAUUCCGGAUGGACAGCUUUGCCCUACUGUUCCAAACAGAUCCAACUACAUCCAUUGGAUUGAGGAUCUUCUCUCUUCUGAUCUCAUACCACUAAUGUCCAACUCAAGUGAGACAGUGAGGGGUUUUGACAUAGGCACCGGUGCCAAUUGCAUCUACCCUCUCCUUGGAGCAUCGUUACUGGGCUGGAGCUUUGUUGGAUCUGAUGUGACUGAUGUUGCACUUGAAUGGGCUAAGAGGAAUGUGGAGAGCAACCCACAUCUAGCAGGUCUAAUUGAAAUCAGAAACGCAAAUGAAGCACCCUGCUCUUCGAAGUCUGAAACAGUUGCUGAGGAAGCAGUCAGUGAGAACAUUCCAGAGCCAGUGGACAGUGUGGUGAGGGCAAUAGCACCUAUUUUUGUGGGUGUUGUGAAGGAUAGUGAGAACUUUGACUUCUGUAUGUGCAAUCCACCAUUCUUUGAGAGUAUGGAGGAAGCUGGCCUUAACCCAAAAACUUCUUGUGCUGGAACUGCUGAAGAGAUGGCUUGCCCUGGUGGCGAGCAAGCCUUUAUAACACAUAUAAUUGAAGACAGUGUUUCUUUUAAGAACUCUUUCAGGUGGUUUACGUCGAUGGUUGGCAGAAAAGCAAAUCUAAAACUAUUAGCAUCCAAAGUCCGUGAAGCUGGGGCCUCAGUUGUGAAAACUACUGAGUUCGUGCAAGGACAAACAGCGAGAUGGGGCCUUGCAUGGUCGUUCAUUGCUCCGAGAAAAAAUGUUAUAAGAUCCAGUACACCAGGAAAAGUCCACCAUUCUUUCAUGCUUCAGGGUCUCCGACGUGGAAAUGGUGCAUUUCAGGUGUUGAAGUCAGCUGAGACCUUUUUCUGUACAUCUAAUCUAUCAUGUAAAACCGAUUCUCUGUCAUUUUCUAUUGAUGUUACAUUGCCAGAUGAGCAGACUCAGGCUGCAACAUUGGAUUGUGAUGACCUUCCUGGUUCUGUUGAAGACAACUCUACAAAGGUGCAUAGCAUUGUUACAGGAGCAUCCUUCCGUAUUUCGGUGUUUGAACAGAUGCCUGGCACACUGUUAAUCAAAGGUUCAUUAUUGAACAAGUCACUGUCAGGUACCUUCACAUCGCUGUUCUCCCAGCUGGAGGAGACGCUGAAGACGGAGUUCGUCAGCAAGGACCGGUAGCUCAAGAGUCCAUCCCCGUCAACGGGGCCUUAAUCAUGAACAAGCGGAUGAGGCUAUUAUUGUAACCCCUGCUGGCCUGAACUCUUUUCAACGCCAAGAAAUGUGAAGCGUGGGCAUCA